AUGAUGGUCAACCUCAAUAUAUAUCUAAUGGGUGCUUGCACUUGGGGUCAGGCUGCCUAUGCAUUCGUUGACUAUGGCAACGUCUACCCAAGGAAAUACUCGCUCAGCGGAGAAGUUCAAGUGGCUGACCUGAGUUAUGACAAUACUACCGCCAUAACGUUGUCGCCUGAGAAUCCCGUCAUCACGCUCGAUUAUGGUACCGAGGUUGCUGGCUUCCCGUUCUUUGUCGUUGCAGAAGGCGCAUCUCCAGCGCAGAUUGAGGCCGCAUACUCAGAGGCCUAUGCAUACCUCGCCGACGAAAAUGCUGAUGGACCAUGGACUUUUUCCAACGGCCUAGCGAACAGCUGGCGGGUUGAGACAUUCAACAUCACCAGUGGAGGUCACACUGAGAGCUUCUUUGUGCAAGGCGGGCAGCGAUGGCAAACCAUCCGUCUGCUUACGAACCAUUCGUUGACCUUCGAGAGUGUUGGCUUCCGGGCAACGAGCGAGCACAAAGAUUUGGACGAGCAACCAGGUCGCCUAAAGACCAAUAACGACGUUUACAACAAAAUAUUUGAUCUUGGUGGACAAGUCGUCCAAGCGGCUUGCGUGGAUGCCGGCAAUGCGCCUUCGACCUGGGAGCUAACCGAUGAGGGAGCGUACAUUCGCGGUCAGACCACUGCUCAAUCUUCUAUCGGGCGUGUAAUGAACCCUGCCAACUACACAUUAGAGUUCGAUACAAAGAUUGUAAGAGGCGGAACAGGAUGGCGUGUAGCCAGCGCGAUUCAGCCACUCGGACCGUAUUUCGUCUUAACUUCCAACUAUCCAGAGCAGAAUACGUUUGUAAACACGAACAGAACGCUGGUCCCGCCCAACACUCUGAUCGUCAACGCGGGGUGGAACUUGCUCAAUCAGUCUACUCUAACCACACCUGCGAAUGAGUAUUACCCUCUGAACAUAUCUGUAGAGGAGAACAAGUGGUACCACAUCGUCACCGCUAUCAAGGAGGAUGGGUACAGCAUCAGUCUCAACGGAGAGAACAUUGCUUUCGUCCCACUGCCGCCGCCACUAUCACCUCCUGUUUUCUUCAGCACAGCCUCUCGAUAUGAAGGCACAUGGGGUUUUGGAGGCUUCCAAGAUCAAAUCAGUAUUGUCGCAAACGUAUCAGUUGCUGCAUCCAACAAGACCAUUAUCUACACCAACGACUUGAAAUCUCCUGGUGUCCUGGCCGAGUACGCCGUAGCACCGCUCGCCCACUCUGUCUGUCUAGAUGGCGCAAAGCGUGAUCGUCUUGUCUGGAUCGGAGAUUUCUACCACACUGUCCGCGUACUGGCCCAGUCAAGCGCACGCUGGGACUACAUCCUUGGAUCCAUCGACUACGCCUUCGGCUACCAGGCGAAAACCGGUCCCUUCACCGGCUUCGUGCCCAUAUCCGCACGUCUAGGCACGCGACCAGAAUACUCAGACGCAGACCCAGCAGGACCCGGUCUAGUCGACUACCAAGACCUCUUCCUCGCCUCAAUCGGCCAAUACUACCGCUACACCGGCGACGCAAAAGGUCUAGAGCCGUACUGGGAAAACAUCAAGUCACUCCUCCAAACCCGCCUCACAUACAUAGACCCAGCCAGCGGUCUCGUAGCCGGAAGCACCGCCGCUCCAAACCCAGGCUCCUUCCUCGGCCCCCCAAACGGCACCGCAGUAACAGGCUUAAUGUCCUUUGCCCUCCAGCAAAUCGUCCCCUUAGCCCUCGCCCUGCAAGACACCGCCACCGCCACUCUCGCCAACACCACCGCGCAUUCCCUCAACGACGCCCUCAACACCAAACUCUGGAACCCAGAGCUAGGAGCCUACUCCCUCGGCCUCGACUCCCCCGGAAACUUCUCCCUGACAGGAAUCGCCUGGUCCAUCCUCAGCGGCGCCGCAAACGUCUCUCAAAUCACCUCGUCCCUCGAGCAACUCGAAUCCCUGCGUUUCGGCGCCGGCUACAAGACAAUCUCGUCCGACGAAGAAACAAGCGAAUACCAACUCGCCCCCAACCCCUCGGGCUUCCUCCUCGAAGCCCUGUUCCUCGCACAACAGUCCCACGGCAUCGACGCAGCAAAGGCCCCGAUUGAGCAUCUGCUAGAUGGCCUCUGGGGCAGCAUGGUGAAUGAUGAGCGCUACGCGAGCGGCGCCAGCUGGGAGUAUGUCAAGCCCGAUGGACGGCCCGGUAUCACCGCGUUUACGAGUUUGGCGCAUCCCUGGGGGGCGGCGCCGACGUACGUGCUGCCCGAGUAUCUGCUGGGUGUUACGCCCGUGACGGCUGGGUAUAAGAGGGUGGUUGUGCAGCCCGCGGUCGGGUAUCUGGGGUUGGGUAAGGUGGACGGCAAGGUGCCGACGCCGUUUGGAUCGCUGGAGGUCGGGUGGACGGUUGAGGGGGACAAGGCAAAGGUUGUGAUUGUGGCUCCCGAGGGGAUUGAAGGGGAGGCCAAGGUGCCGACGGGGUGGAAGGUAGAUGGAAAGGAGGAGGAGGGUGGUGUGGUCGUGUUGGGAUCGGGGACGACAGAGAUUGUUUUGUGUACUGUGUAG